AUUGGAUCCCGCGCAAGUUAAAAUUUGUCUCAUACAAAAGAUGCCCUAUUAGCCUAUUGGAGCCAUCAGGCAUCAACUGACUAACAGAUGGAAAGAGCAAAAAGAACAUCCAGCCUAAAGGCCCUGCAGGCCAUAAAAGAGAACUCUCACGCCGGGAGGAACGCUGCCAAACUAAAAAAGAUAGAGUCUGAGGCUUUGGCUAUUAAUCCAACCAAGAGGCACUCGAGUCCAACUGCUUUCCACCCCCCAGAACCAAAGAGAAACCCGCUUGGGAAUGUAACAAAUGUAUCGACGAAUAUUACCAUCAAACCUAAACAAGAGUUGACAUCAAUAAGUGACAAUGAAGACUUAUAUGAGCAGGCACCUCGGAGAUCAAAAAGAUUAUUAAGAAAGAACUCGUCAUCUCCAAUACCUGAAGAGCCUUUAGCUUUGACUGAUUCUUUAAUAUGCUCAGAAUCACUUGAUACUACUCCUAUGACAGAUGUACAGAAUGUGCUAAGAGCCACUACACUGGAUGACAAGCUUGAAGAAUCUCAAUUAUGGAAGGACAUUGAUGAAGCUGAAUCACAUGAUCCACUCUUCUCAUCCGAAUACGCUCCUGACAUUUACCAAUACAUGAGAGAAAGGGAGGUGAAGUUUAAAGUUUCUUCAUAUCUUGAUCAUCAGCCUCUCAUAAACUCGAGCAUGCGGUCUAUACUUAUUGACUGGCUUGUUGAAGUACAAGAAAACUUUGAGCUUUUCCACGAGACGCUCUACCUUGCUGUAAAAAUAGUUGAUAGAUACUUGGAGAAGAAAGAAGUAAAGAAGGAGUACCUGCAGCUUGUGGGAGCUACUUCCAUGCUUAUAGCAGCUAAAUUUGAGGAACUGAGCCCACCAUUAGUUGAUGAUUUUAUUUAUUUGUGCGACGAUGCCUACCAGCACGAUGAGCUACUCAGUAUGGAGAGAAACAUACUGGCAACACUUGAGUAUGAUGUCAAUGCUCCUGUAGCUUACAGGUUUCUUAGAAGACUAGCUAGAGCUGCUGGUGCUGAUAUGGAGACCCACACGUUAGCUCGGUACAUAUGUGAGAGCACUCUCCAAGAGUAUGAGUUUGUCUCUGAUGAUCCUUCGCACAUUGCUGGGGCAGCAAUGUAUCUCUCUAUUAGGAUGAAAGGAUUGGGAGGAUGGACCCCCACAUUACAACAUUACAGUCAAUAUGAGGCAUCAAACCUACUCCCUAUGGUUCAGAGACUCAAUGAUCUCAUCAGUCGACCUGCUGGUAACACAUCAACUGUACGCAGCAAAUAUUCACACGAAGUGUUUCACAAAGUAGCACUAAUAUUGCCAUUACAAGAUGUUCAUGAAGAUUACUUACUUUCAUUAGAGGAAAGCUCCUGAAACUAUUUUUAGUUUGUGUAUUGUUGUUGCAUUACACUCACUAUUCUUCUUUAAGAAAUUUUUACUAAGUUAAAGAAACAUCAUUGAUUAUAAG